AAUUUUAAUGUGGAGACAAUUUUAUUUACAUUGCAGCGGUUGCAAAGCACUUUAUACGGGUGGUUGACUGCUUAGAGACAGUUGUCAGGAAAAGUUGAGCCGUCCUGCCCGUCGACAACAAGCCGAGCCUCCAUUAUCAGCAGCAGAAAGCGCUUUUCAAGCCCCAAAGUCGGCGUCGCUCGAGCUAAGGGGAGGGGACGGUUAAGUCUCCGAGAAAUGAGCCGAGUUACGUCGGAGGUCGAGCGCCUUUUGUUUCAGAAUAAAAGCGUCACAAUAGGCGUCCGUCAGUCUGGAUUUUAAUUUGAAAGUCUGGGACUGGAAAUACGCAUUUUCUUGGCGCUCACUUAAUAAUAAUAGGAGUAGGGAAAGGAAAAAAAAAGUCUGUAACACCGCCGAUGUAGGAGUCGGUUGGGGGACGGCUGAACGUUGUUGGGUAGUUUAUUAUUUUAUUCGCGUUACAACAAUGACAGCCUUAUCAGGGGCCCCCGUUAGAGCCGUGUACUCACACAAAUUGUGGCUGACUGUGAUGACAUUUCACCGGUUACGUCUAGACUUCAAAAUGCCCACAUCUUUACGCACUGUGACACAAAACGUAUACAGAAUCGACGAUUUGCGCGAUAAAGUACACCGAUAGUCAAAGUAUCGCCAGUUAAUUUAUGCGAGCUGCGUCUGUUUUCAAGUGAUGGGCGAUUGCCGACGCAGUGCUUAAAGUCGACCCCCUAGAUCCAUUGUCGGACGCACUGCCAAGCCCGGUCACGUCCAGUGCUCGGUGUCGACUGUGGUUAUGGCCGCUGUCGUCCCGCAAAGCACAAGCACAUCUGCACCGGCAACUAUUUGUUGACAACAUUUUGAGGCGAACCGCGGCUCUGCAGAGGGAUGAAACGCGCAGCGGCCGGUAACCCUGGAAGACCUGAACUAACGUAAAGCGACCGCAAACUGUUCGCUCGGCGCUAGGUGGCGGAUGCGCCUGUCCGAUUUGGGUUAAGCUGAGAUCAAAUUGACUUUGUUCUGUGAAAGGCUCGCGUGUCGCUACAAAACGCGUGAUUAAAACGGACAGGCGCCUUCUCGGGGCUGACGCCUCUCGCGGUUUUGGCAGAACACCAGGGUCAAAUGUAGACAACCGCGUCCGAUAACGGACUCAUUUGCGUUGCACUUCUGUUCAUUCGCUUUUACUGCGAAUCGUUGGCCCGAUGCAAAGUCAAAGUGGACUGGCAGUCGAGGGGGACUGAGGCUCGUUUCAGCGGAGAGCUGCACGGUCUCGACGUAGAGCUGUAAACCUCGGGUUUAUCUGGGCUCUGCUUGGCCGCCGCUCGGCCCUGGGGAGCGCUCUGUUAAAGAGACACAAUGGCGAGGUCUUUACCGCGGCUUCCAACUCCAUGCGCACUUUGGAGAAUUUUUUUGAGAAAAACAAAAAACGCCACCCCUCGGCCCCCCUUUGUCCCGUCUCACGUUAAAAAUGAUCAGCCAAGAAGGCCUAAAAAAGACGGGGACGCACUGAACACGUCGUCAGUGUUUGUGAGACGAGAUGAAAAAAUCGUGUUGUAUUGAGAUCCGAAGGGAAUGCGGGGCGUUUUUUUUUGUGUGUGUGUGUGACCGUGUCUUGGGGAAAGUUCUGUGAAAUGCAGUACGAUGGGUGAAUACCAUAGAAGCGGAGACGCGGCUCUGCUCACAGGAGCGGGGCGGGCUUUGGUGCGCUCUCUCUCUCUCUCGUGCUCGGCUCACUGCUGGAUCUCUUGGACACGCAGUCGCACAGGAGGAAAUUUUUCACUCGUGGCGCCGUCGACGCAAAAUAACCCCACGAAAAGAAUGAGUACGCUCGCGCAAACUAGUUGCGCACAAGAGGUCAACGGUGCAUUCAGAUGUCUUAAUGGCAUUGGAGGCACGUUAGUGACGGCGGGGCUGGCCGUCUGCCUGCGUAGUGAACGCUGCACCGCGGAGAGACAGGGACGGAGGCACUCGGAGGCAAUAAUUUACCACCACAGCAGUCAAAUUGCGAAAUCCGCGGACACCUCUAUGGCUAUGGACACAGACAGUAAUGCAGAUGAGGAGGGGGCUGAUGAGAGCCGGGACGGGCAGGACAGCAGACCGUCUCCUGGCCGCACCAAUGAAGAUGCCACCGCGCACUGUGACCCUGUCCGGGCUGUCUCUGCCCCCUGCUCUCCCUCUGGCUCUCCCUCUGGCACUCCGCCUGGCCCCGGCCUCGACUGCAGUCCUAGCUCCGGUUUGGACUGUGCGUCCCUCCAGAGGGCCGGCGAGAGGCCCAACUCCUUACCCCCCUCCAGCCCGAGGGCCCUCACACACAAUAACUGGGCUUAUGAUCCUGCACUCUGCCCAGUGGAGCGCCAGCACCCAGGAAUGCAGAAAGACAAAGCAGUAACCACAAAGCCACCAACCCACUUUGGAACGACCAGCCCCUGUGCUCCAAACAAUGUAAAGAAAGAAGAACGAGGCAAGGAGGAGGACAGCAGCCUGUCAUCUGACCAGUUGGUUCCUGACUAUGCAGCACGACUGGAUGAGACGAGGAAUGUGUCUGAUGGAAAAUCACAUACACUGUCUUUGUCAUCUGACAACUGCGCAUUUAAGAAGAUGGACAUAUCAUCGUUCACAGCAAGUGACGACAGUCUUCUGAAUGGUGGCAAAGGGGACGAUGUUUCAGUGAAGAAGGAGAAGAUGAACCAGAACUUGUUGCAGUGGACUGUGGCAGAUGUAGCCAGUUACUUUUCAGCUGCAGGCUUUCCAGAGCAGGCUGUAGCAUUUCGAACACAGGAAAUUGAUGGGAAGUCCCUCCUCCUUAUGCAGCGAAGUGACGUGUUGACCGGUUUGUCCAUUCGACUCGGUCCCGCCCUCAAAAUCUACGAGCGCCAUGUGAAAGUGUUGCAGAGGACCCACUUCCUGGAAUACGAAGACCUCUGAAGGGGCGAUUCACAGGAUAGACAGUGCUGCAUUGACUCAAAUAUGCAUGCAGUGCCUUUUCCCAUCUGGAUCCUACCAUGCGCCUUCAUAUAUAGUAUAUGUAGAGGGUGUGUGGAUGGGGGGAAAGGCUGCCGUGGAAUUCACCUCCACUGUGACCAGAAAUGAAUUGGUUUCUGAAUGCCCAGGAACUAAAAGACAGUCACCCUACCUCCAUUAUGGUCUUUGGCUUUCAGAUGAUUUUCAUUUCACCCGUGUGUCCACAUUGUGGAGAGAAAGGACUGCUUGGUUCAGAGAGUGAUAUAGCCAGUGCAGUGCUGGCCUUUCUGCAGUAGAAAGACAUUAGGUAAAGCAACCAGUGAAGAAGACGAAGCUUUGCACCAAGAGGACCAUCUAUGGGUUGACAUGCCCAUACAGACAUUACUGCAUAGUGCCGUGGCCACACGGUUGCCAUCAUUUCGGGUGUUCCCAUAGUUGUCACCUACAGUUCUUUGUGUUAGUCGAGGAACUGUAAGUUUAUUGUGCAUUUUUCUUUUGUCACAAGUUGAUUUAAGUUUCAUCAAAGUGCUGAGGAAUCCAGACCAUCUAUAUGAUUGCACCAAAAGUUAGAGUCUGAUUCCUGACUUAUCAUUCCACCAAUAGCUGCUGUUUUGGAUUAUGUCUUCAGUGUCUUUUAUAACACUGAGAUAUAACCAAUAUGAUGUACUACCUGUUUUGUUUUUGUUUUUUUGUUUUUUUUGUCUUACUGUGUGACUGUGUUUCAAAAAUACAGUUUCAGUUUGGGGAGCAACUGCACACAUGAGUGAACAUGACAUGUGCAGCCUAAUGAAAAUAUGCUUUCAUACACAAAAUAAAUGGUAAACUUGCAAGAAAUGUUCCUGUAAUAAUAAAUAUAUGUUGUUCUUAAUCCAGUGCUGCUGCCCAGCGAUUGUUUACAGAGCAAAUAUCUUGAGGAAAUGCAAUAUUUUAUGUUGUCAUUCAUUUAUAAUUUUUCCAGUGUUGCUUUGUGUUUUGAUCCAAGCCUGUUACUUGAAAUGUAACAUUCCAUAUGAUGUAGUCCAUGUCUUCAUUGUAUCUCUUACCCUUUUUAACUGUAACACAGAAGCUUCCAGAGUUGCAAAUAAAGCUCACAUCUCUCCGUUCA